GAGCUUCUGGGUAUUGGUUGACGUGGUGAGUACGAUAUGUGAAAAAAAAAGACCGGAGAUGUCAUCAAUUUGACUAUCCUACACCAUCGUUUAGGGCGGGAAGUCGAAUUAACACCAGAAAUCAUAGGAUUUAUCAGACUCUAUCUUCGCUAACCAUUCUCGGGAAGCGAAAAUGAAUCUCCGCAAGGGCUACAGGGUAUGGGUACAAGACAGAGACUCUGCCUGGUUGCCGGCCGAAGUAGUUGACGCUUCUGGAAAACUAGUUCAAGUUGUCACAUCGUCGGGGAAGAAGGUUUCAAUUUCUCGUGAGAAAUUAUUAUUGAGGGAUCCAGAUGCUGACCAUGGCGGAGUUGACGACAUGACCAAAUUAACGUAUUUAAAUGAACCUGGAGUUCUUUACAACCUCGCAAGAAGAUACUCACUUAACGAAAUAUAUACAUAUACGGGAAGCAUCCUGAUUGCAGUUAAUCCAUUUACUAAGCUUCCACAUCUAUAUAAUGCACAUAUGAUGCUGCAAUACAAGGGAGCUCGGUUAGGCGAGUUAAGUCCCCAUGUUUUUGCAGUGGCUGAUGCAGCAUACAGGGCAAUGGUGAGUGAGUCUCGCAGCCAGUCAAUUCUGGUCAGUGGAGAAAGUGGUGCAGGGAAAACAGAGACAACGAAACUAAUCAUGCAGUAUUUGACAUGUGUUGGUGGCCGGGCUGCUGAUGAUGAUCGUACUGUUGAGCAACAAGUUCUUGAAUCAAAUCCACUUUUGGAAGCAUUUGGCAAUGCAAAGACAGUUAGGAAUGAUAACUCAAGCCGUUUUGGAAAGUUUGUUGAGAUCCAGUUUGAUGCAAAUGGUAGGAUAUCUGGUGCUGCAAUUAGAACCUACCUUUUGGAACGUUCUCGUGUAGUGCAAAUAACAGAUCCUGAAAGGAAUUACCACUGUUUUUAUCAGUUGUGUGCCUCCGGGAAGGAUGCAGAGAAGUACAAACUAGACACUCCAAGCAAGUUCUACUACUUGAACCAAAGUAAGACCUAUGAUUUAGAUGGAGUGAGCAAUGCAGAGGAAUACAUGAAGACAAGGAGGGCGAUGGAUAUUGUUGGUAUAAGUCUUGAUGAUCAGGAAGCCAUAUUUCGCACCCUGGCUGCCAUUCUUCAUCUGGGAAAUAUUGAAUUUUCUCCCGGAAAAGAGCAUGAUUCAUCAACUAUUAAGGAUCAGAAGUCUAGCUUUCAUCUUCAGAUGGCUGCUAAUUUAUUUAUGUGCGAUGCUAACCUUCUGCUUGCAUCACUAUGCACACGUUUGAUUCAGACUCGUGAAGGGAGUAUUGUUAAAGCUCUUGAUUGUAAUGCUGCUUUAGCUAGUCGUGAUGCCUUGGCGAAGACUGUAUAUGCUCGGUUAUUUGAUUGGCUGGUUGACAAGAUAAAUAGGUCUGUGGGACAAGAUAUGGAUUCCCGCAUACAAAUUGGAGUUCUUGACAUUUAUGGUUUUGAGUGCUUCAAAAAUAACAGUUUUGAGCAGUUCUGUAUUAAUUUUGCAAAUGAAAAGCUUCAGCAACAUUUCAAUGAGCAUGUAUUUAAGAUGGAGCAGGAGGAAUAUAGCAAUGAAGAAAUUAACUGGAGCUACAUUGAAUUCAUUGACAACCAAGAUGUCUUGGAUUUAAUCGAGAAGAAACCCAUUGGAAUAAUUGCUCUUUUGGAUGAAGCCUGCAUGUUUCCAAAAUCAACGCAUGAAACAUUCUCUACAAGGUUGUUUCAAAGCUUCCGAACUCACCCUAGAUUGGAAAAGGCAAAGUUUUCAGAGACAGAUUUUACUGUUUCCCAUUAUGCUGGGAAGGUUACUUAUCAAACGGAUUCUUUUCUAGAUAAAAAUAGAGACUAUGUUGUGGUAGAACACUGCAAUCUGUUGUCUUCAUCAAAAUGCUCUUUCAUUUCUGGUCUUUUCCCUUCCCUUCCAGAGGAAUCUUCAAGAUCAUCGUACAAGUUUUCUUCUGUUGCUUCAAGAUUUAAGCAACAACUGCAAGCGCUUAUGGAAACCCUAAAUUCUACGGAACCUCAUUAUAUUCGCUGUGUGAAGCCCAACUCUCUGAAUCGGCCCCAAAUAUUUGAGAAUCAAAGUGUCUUACAUCAAUUACGGUGUGGGGGUGUUCUGGAGGCUGUUCGUAUAAGUCUUGCAGGAUAUCCUACGCGGAGAACUUAUUCAGAGUUUGUGGAUCGCUUUGGAAUUUUAGCUCCAGAACUUAUGGAUGGAUGUUAUGAUGAAAAGAAUUUGACAGAGAGAAUUCUCCAGAAGUUAAAACUUGAAAAUUUCCAAUUAGGCAGAAGCAAAGUAUUCCUUAGGGCUGGUCAGAUUGCUGUUUUAGAUUCUCGAAGAUCUGAGGUUUUGGAUAAUGCAGCGAAACUUAUUCAGGGUCGAUUACGGACAUUUAUUGCACGCCGGGACUUUACCUUUAUCCGCAAAUCUGCCAUUGUCAUGCAAGCAUACUGCAGAGGUUGCCUUGCUCGAAAUAUGUUUGCUGCAAGACGAGAAGCUGCAGCUGCUAUUGUAAUUCAAAAGUAUACACGCAGAUGGCUAUUCCACCGUGCAUAUUUGCUACUUUAUUCAGCUGCUGUAACUAUACAAUCGACCAUACGAGGUUUGUCAAGUAGACGGAAAUUUCUGCAUAGAAAGGAGCAUAAAGCUGCAGUAGUUAUCCAGGCCCACUGGAGGAUGCAGAAGGCACGCUCUUCAUUCCAAUGUUAUCAAAGGUCUAUUGUGGCCAUUCAAUGUCUUUGGAGAAGGAAACUAGCAAGAAAAGAGCUCCGGAGGCUUAAACUGGAGGCUAAUGAAGCUGGUGCAUUGCGAUUAGCAAAGAGUAAGCUUGAGAAGCAAUUGGAAGAUCUCACAUGGCGUUUGCAUUUAGAAAAGAGAUUAAGGGUAUCUAAUGAAGAAGCCCAGUCAAUUGAAAUUUCAAAUCUUCAAAAGAGUUUGGAGUUAUUGAGUUCAGAGUUGGAUGCAGCUAAGUCAUCUACUGUUAGUGAGUGCAAGAAGAAUGUAUUGCUUAUAAGUCAGUUGGAAUUAUCAAUUAAACAAAAGUCAGAAUUGGAGAACAGACUUGGAGGAAUGGAAGAACUGAGCAAGGAGAAUGCAUUUUUAAAGAGUUCAUUAGAAUCCUUGUCAAAAGAGAAUUCUGCAAUGGAGCUUCAGCUUGCAAAGGCACGGAAUGAAAAUGCUGAUACCUUGGAGAAGUUGCAAGAAGUAGAGGAAAAAUAUUCAAAGCUUCAGCAGAAUUUGCGACGCUUGGAGGAGAAGUUUUCGACUUUGGAAAAUGAAAAUCAUGUUCUAAGACAAAAAACGUUGAGCACAUCUCCAAGGCGCAACCGUCCUGGGAUUGCCAAGUUACUCUCAGAGAAACAAUCUGGAGCACUUGCACUCCCCAACAAUGACCAGAAGUCCUUAUUUGAGUCACCUACCCCUACAAAAAUUAUUCUUCCCUUUGGACAGAGCCAAUCAGAAUCACGGCGCUCCAAGAUGACUGCUGAGAGGCAUCAGGAGAAACAUGAAUUUCUCUCGAGGUGUAUAAAAGAAGAUUUGGGAUUCAAAGAUGGUAAACCUGUGGCUGCCUGUAUCAUUUAUAAAUGUCUUCUUCAUUGGCGUGCCUUCGAGUCUGAGAGGACCUCUAUUUUUGACCAUGUAAUUGAGGGAAUCAAUGAAGUUAUUAAGGUGGGGGAGGAGAAAAAGCUUUUGCCCUAUUGGCUGUCCAAUGCCUCAGCCCUUUUAUGUCUCCUGCAGAAGAAUCUACGUUCAAAUGGCUUUUUCACAACACCUCAACGUUCUGGGGGUUAUUCUGGGCUAACUGCGAGGAUGGUGCAUGGUUUAAGAUCUCCUCUAAAAUAUAUAGGAUAUGAUGAGAGUGUAUCACAUGUGGAGGCACGAUAUCCAGCUAUAUUGUUUAAACAGCAACUGACUGCUUGUGUGGAGAAGAUCUUUGGUUUGAUUAGGGAUAACUUGAAGAAAGAGAUAUCACCACUUCUUGGACUCUGCAUUCAGGCACCAAAAGCUGGCAGAGUACAUACUGGAAAAUCUUCUAGAUCAACUGGGGGUGCUCCUCAACAGUCACUAAGCAAUCACUGGGACAGCAUCAUCAAAUUCUUGGACUCACUAAUGAGUCAUCUACGUGGAAAUUAUGUACCCUCUUUUUUCAUACGCAAGCUUGUCACUCAAGUUUUCUCUUUCAUCAAUAUACAACUUUUCAACAGUCUUCUAUUGCGGCGUGAAUGUUGCACAUUUUCAAAUGGGGAAUAUGUUAAAUCUGGACUUGCAGAGCUUGAGCGAUGGAUAGUUAAUGCAACGGAGGAGUUUGCAGGAACUUCUUGGCAUGAGCUUAAUUACAUCAGGCAAGCUGUUGGGUUUCUGGUGAUACAUCAAAAGAGGAAAAAGUCUCUGGAAGAGAUCAGGCAGGAUUUAUGUCCGGCAUUGACAGUGAGGCAAAUUUACCGAAUAAGUACGAUGUACUGGGAUGACAAAUAUAGCACGCAAAGUGUGUCAACUGAGGUGGUUACCCAAAUGAGGGAUAUCCUGAACAAAGAUUCUCAGACUCUCAACUCAAAUUCAUUCUUGUUGGAUGAUGAUCUGAGCAUUCCAUUUUCCACUGAUGAUAUAUCAAAGGCUAUUCCUGUUAUCGAUCCAUCAGAUGUUGAACUUCCACCACUUCUGCGGGAAUGUCCUUGUGCUCAGUUCCUGGUCCAACAUCCAGUAGAUAGACCUCUUUUGACUUGAAAGAUGUUCAAGUUGAGUUCCAUCUAAAUAUAAUUCAGAUGGUUACUCGUAGCCAAUGGAUGAAAGGGUGUCUUCUUCCAGAGUGGUUAGGUGCAUCUCGUUGGGUUUUCACCAGCGUAAACUGAACAGUCCUAUUCUAUUGAAAUCCACCAUGCCACAGAAGAAUCAGAGUUUAAUUACAAGGUUUUGGGUGAUCACCACUAGAUUCAAGAAUUUUUCAGAUGAUAAAGUGAUCUUUUAGACGUCAUCAAUGGAUGACGAAUACAAAGGAAGAGGAUGAUGAUGGUAUAUAGCCGUGGGAUAAGAAUUGCGUUCUAUUAGCCUAGUAUACAUGUAGGCUGUAGUAAUUCUAUCCUUUGUAAAAUAGGCAUUCUUGUUGUAACUAUUAUUUGCUUGAUUAGAUAAGGUCAAUUAGAUUGCCUUUUUUACGGGAUUGUUGUAGUACACGAAUUACCUGAAGGAAAUUCCCUUCGGUUGUAUUCCCUUUGUUAUUUCUCCGAAGGUUUAUCAAAAGCUUUUGGCUUCUAAAAAUUUCUGGUGUA